AUGAAUGCUGCCGAUUUAAAUUUAGAGAGAGACUAGUAUAAGGAUUUGCUUAAAUGUAUCAAAGAUGAAUCUUAAUAAAAUGCUUUGAGAUAUUAAAGUAACUCCCAUUAUAAAUACGAAAAAAAAAGAAAGGAAAAAAAUGAAUCUGAUCAUAAAGUAUAGCUAGUCCUCCCUAGUAUCGAAAGUAGUUCUUUAGAAGACAUUUCAUAACAUUUUCAUUCUAUUAGAAGAAUUUAAGCAGGAGCAUAACAUUAAUUGCAGGCAAACAAAUCAUAACAAAAGUUUAUCUAAUAGAGUUUUAUGGAACUUGAAUAAUCAAAAAUGUCUUAGACAGUCAGAGAUAUAACAAUAAGUGAAAAAAAAUAUUAAUGCAAUCAACGUAAGGUUCCACAUAGAGAACCAUUAACCUUGAAAUAUUUAGAGAAAUAAUUAGGGAUUUCCAGCACACCAGAGAAACAACAAUUACCAAUGAUUUAAAAGUAGCAUCAAUCGAAAAGAAAAAUUACUGAAGACGAAGUAUAACAUGAUUAAUCAAUUUUAACCUUUUUCGAAGAAACACUUAAUUCAUAUUCUUAUGCAAUUCCGAGCAGAAGAGAAUCAACAUAAAUAGCAAUAGUUAGAGAUAGAAUGUAUGUUUAUGGAGGAAUGAGUGGGGCUGGAAUUACUAAUGAGAUCUGGUGGUUUGAUUUAAGUAUAAAUUUAAUAAUAAUUUUUAGAAAGGUAAGAAUGGUUUAAUUAUUGUUCAGAUAUCUAAUUAUUUAUUACUAAUCAUUCAAUGGUAGUUUGGAAAAAUUAUUUAAUAUUAUUUGGAGGAUCAGGAUAUUAUGAUCAUAAAAUGAAAAUCAGAGAAGUUUUUUCUAAAAUUGCAUCCUUUAACACUUUAACUAAUUAAUGGACUAUUUCAUUAGAAUCUGUUGAACCAAGGAGAGAACACAAAGCAUCAGUUCUCUUUGGAAAAUUAAUGGUUGUAACAGGUGGAAUUGAUUCAGCAGAAAAGCUAUUGAAUGACACACUUGUAUAUUCUUUGGAAUCAAAAAGAUGGACAGGUCAAAAGAUAUUAUUCGAAGAAGGUAUUGCUUAGCAUGCCUAAUGCACGGCUUAUGAUUAUAAAAGAAAUAUUGAAACAAUAUAUAUCUAUGGAGGAUAAACAGCUAAACUAAGUUCAUUUCCUCUAAUGAGAAUGUUGUUUUUUGGGCCACAUCCAAUAGGAUGGGAAAAAGUCUAAACAGUAGGAUAAGCUCCAGAUAGUCGAUAUAAUCACACUAUGGAGAAUGUUGGAGAAUAUUUAAUUUUACUUGGAGGAAGAUCACAAGAGAAAAAAGAGUAUUAAAAUGAUAUUUUCAUCUUAAAUCUAUAAACAAGUGUUUGGAGCAUCGCAUAGAGAUAAGGUUUAUAAACAAAAAGAUGGAGCCAUGCAAGCUGUGUAAAUGGAACAAAUAUUUUAUGCUUUGGUGGAAUAGGAGAAAGCACAUAUUUGCCUCCUCAUAUUUACUAAAUUGAAACUGACACAUUAAAAAUCAAAGGAAAAAUAGUCGUAGUUAAACCUCUUAGUGUUAUUAACGAAGAAUAAACUAACAACAAUCACCAUAUGAUAAUUACUAGAGAACACGAUUUCGAUAUGAAAAAGCCAUGCAAAUUAGAAAAAUUUAGAAAAGCACGCAAAAUGUAUGAAACUAUCGUUACUUAUUUACCUCUUCCACAACUUAAAACACCUAAGAUGAGAUAUGAUAUUUUGAUUCAUUUUGUUAAGACCAUACUGAAGCAAAUUGGUUACAUUUGA